AUGGCCUCUCGUUUCUUGGCUUCCGUUAACUCCUUUCAUUCUCAUGGCCACUGUCAUCUCACGCCCUCCUCUCCUUUUGCCGUCGCUCGACCCUCAUUCACAUUUCUUAACAGCAGAGCGAUUGAUGGGUGGAGCUUGAGGAAGGUUUCAAGCAAGCAUGUACCGUGGAAUGCUGUGGCUCCCAGAGCAUUUAUGUCAUCAACCGUCAGCACCGAGGCUGUUCGUGAGAGUAAAGUCUCGAAAGAAUAUGGGUCGGAGCAGAUUCAGGUAUUGGAAGGAUUAGAAGCUGUAAGAAAACGACCUGCCAUGUACAUCGGAAGCACUGGGUCCCGCGGCCUUCAUCAUUUGGUUUAUGAAAUCUUGGAUAAUGCCAUUGAUGAGGCACAAGCAGGAUUUGCUUCAAAGAUUGACGUUAUUCUACUAGCGGAUAAUUCAGUGAGCAUCACAGACAAUGGGCGUGGGAUCCCAACUGAUUUACAUCCAACCACAAAAAAGUCUGCUUUGGAGACUGUCUUAACAGUUUUGCAUGCAGGUGGAAAGUUUGGUGGUUCGAGUAGUGGUUAUACCGUGUCAGGUGGUCUACAUGGUGUCGGUUUAUCAGUUGUUAAUGCACUGUCUGAGGCCCUUGAAGUUACUGUGUGGCGCAACGGUAAGGAGUACAAGCAGAAGUAUUCUCAGGGAAGAACCGUUACAGAUUUAAUUUCUAACGAGCUUCCAGCUGAAAUGAGUGACCGUCAAGGGACUCGCAUACAUUUUUGGCCGGACAAAGAAAUAUUUACAACUGCUAUUGAGUAUGACUACAACACAAUUUCUGGAAGAAUCAGGGAGCUUGCUUUCCUCAAUCCUGAGGUCACAAUUGGACUUGAAAAGGAGUACGUAGACCCAGAGAAGAAGCUGUAUAAUGAGUACAACUAUGCUGGAGGAUUAGUGGAAUAUGUGAAGUGGCUUAAUGAAGAUAAGAAACCUCUUCAUGAUGUAGUGGGUUUUAGAAAAGAAGCUGAUGGAAUCUCAAUUGAUGUAGCACUUCAAUGGUGUGAAGAUGCAUAUUCAGAUACUUUAUUAGGAUAUGCCAACAGCAUUAGAACUGUGGACGGUGGCACUCACAUUGACGGGGUGAAAGCAUCAUUAACUAGAACGCUCAACAACCUUGGAAAAAAGUCCAAACUCAUGAAGGAGAAGGAUAUUAGUUUAAGUGGCGAGCACGUGAGAGAGGGGUUGACUUGUGUCAUUUCUGUUAAAGUUCCAAACCCGGAAUUUGAAGGACAGACAAAGACGAGAUUAGGAAAUCCGGAGGUUAGGAAGGUUGUGGAUCAAUCUAUCCAAGAAUAUCUUACUGAGUACCUGGAGUUGCGUCCGGAAGUUCUUGAUUCGAUUCUUUCGAAGUCCCUCAAUGCUCUCAAGGCAGCACAAGCGGCAAAGAGGGCGAGAGAAUUAGUGAGACAAAAGAGUGUUUUGAAAUCAUCUUCCCUUCCUGGAAAGCUUGCUGAUUGUUCGUCUACGAAUCCUGAAGAAUCUGAGAUAUUUAUAGUCGAGGGAGAUUCGGCUGGUGGGAGUGCCAAACAAGGCCGUGAUCGCCGGUUUCAGGCCGUGCUUCCUUUAAGGGGUAAAAUUCUGAACAUCGAGAGAAAAGAUGAAGCUGCUAUGUACAAAAACCAAGAAAUUCAAAAUCUUAUUCUUGGUCUAGGACUUGGAGUGAAGGGUGAAGAUUUCAAUAAAGAUUCCCUCCGUUACCACAAAAUCAUAAUAUUAACUGAUGCAGAUGUUGAUGGUGCUCACAUACGAACAUUGUUGUUGACAUUUUUCUUUCGCUAUCAGAGAGCUUUGUUCGAUGAAGGUUGUAUCUAUGUUGGGGUCCCACCUCUAUACAAGGUUGAGUCGCACAAGAAAGCAUAUUAUUGUUAUGACGACAAAGACCUUAACGACCUUACACGUAAAAAUUCUCCGAACUCAUACACCAUUCAGAGGUUUAAAGGCCUGGGGGAAAUGAUGCCUGCGCAGCUGUGGGAGACGACCUUAAAUCCAGAAACGAGAUUGCUGAAGCAAUUGAGGGUAGAUGAUGUGGCCGAGGCUAAUAUUGUCUUUUCGUCUCUCAUGGGAUCCCGAGUUGAUACCAGAAAGGAACUCAUUCAGAACUCUGGAAGUCUCGUCAAGUUCGAUCAGCUCGAUAUUUGA